AUGCGCGGAGUAGACUGUGCGGCCGACGUGGUCGGCGACCCGUCGGGAAGAUCGGCCAUGCGGCAAAAUGCUGGAAGGAUGUGCUACGCCUCGGCGAAAGGCGAAGCAAAGUCGGCCGGUCAAGCGGCGGUGGUGAGUGCCGUCAAUGGUGUUUUGAUGUGGCUCAGAGCGGCGCUUAUGCGAAACAGAGGCCGAAGUCUGAAGCUGUUUGUUGAGAGGUGCGGAGAGGCGCGAUUUGGACGAGUCCUGGGUUUUAUUCUGGGGGAUUUUAUUCUGGGAAUUUUGGUUGCUUCGAAAAGUGGUAUGGCGAAUGGAUGGAAGGAACGACGCGGCGGCAUGUGCCCACCGAGGUCGCUGGGAGGUUCAGUGCGCCUGCUCUUUCCGGUGUCGCAAAAGCGCUGCCGCCAUGUAAAUGGCAAGAGACAAGAGACGGGUGCGGAUUGA